UAUCUAUGGGUGUCGCUGAAAAUGCGGUCUGAAAACCCGUUUCUGUCCCUGGUCCUGCCCAGUAUACUGAUCAUUGUGGCAGAUGUGGUGAGCUUCUCCCUCCCACUGGGAGGGGGCGAGCGUAUCUCAUUCAAGGUUACACUGGUUCUCAGCUUCAUCAUGUUCCUCAUCAUCCUCAACGACCUACUGCCUGGAGGAGGCCAGUGCAGCCCCAUCAUCCGAAAGCACUUCUGUUUCUGUUUGGUCAUCCUGGUGUUGAGCACGUUGCAGUCUAUGGUGCUCACACGCCUGGCUAAGUGUGGCACUCUCUGGCCCUGCAGCCUCUCCAAGUCCAAAGACUCACUGCUUAAAGACACAGACAAUGAAGAGGAUCUCGAGUAA